AUGAUUAAAUGUUCAUUGAAAUCUGAAGAUGCGGAUUCUGAAGAGAUACAAAUUUUAAAUCAUCGUGAAUGGAUUUAUAAAUUAUGGGAUAACCUGAAAUACAGAAAUUGGGAUUUGACAAAGUUUAAAGAUGUUCAUUUAAUCCCAACAAAUCGUUCUACUCUUAGAAAGUUAAAUACCCCUAAAAAAAUUUUUUCAAACGAGAAUAUUUCAAUCAAUUUAAGACAUAUUUUUGAAAAAUUUGGUGGUGUUUUUGUGGAACAUGAAUUUGACGUUGGCAGAAUUUCUAGAUGGAACAAAAUAACUUCAUAUAUUAUCAAGCCUGAUGAUAUUAUAUCAGUUUUGGGUUCUUUCCGAGCCGAUACUUCAUAUCCAAGAAAUUUAAGUCAAACGACAUUACAAACUUAUGAAGCAUCAACUCUCGCUAACCAUUUAUCUAAUCACUUACGACUUGUUAAUAAAGUUCAAAUAAUGAAUUAUAUUGAAGUUAUUAAGUAUCUUUCAAUCUUUUUCGAAGUUGAUCAUGAUUCACCAAUUUCAUUGUUACCUGAAAAUACAAAUUGGUAUCUUCUUCCACGGAAUGAAGAAAAUACGUGUGGUAAAAUUAUCUAUCCAAGGAACAUGGGAAAAUUUCUUAAUACAAGUUCACAGAAUUUAUCUUAUAUAUUGGAAGAUAUUAUUAAGAUAACGCGAUUAGAUUCAUAUGUUUAUUGGCAGAAAUAUGUAAUACCAUAUCUCGGGUCACAACAGCAAGCAGUCAUAGAUAAAGUAGUCGAUAGUCUUUUUGAUAGAUUACCAUUCUUACUUGAUCAUGAUGUAAACUUAAAAGAUGUUCUGGGAAGAACUUCUUUUGUACCUGUUGGCACAUAUAAAAUGUCUCAGCAGCAAGAAAUGCCCGCUAGAGUAAAAUUGGUUAAACCAACAGAAUUAUUUGAUCCGGAAGACAUGACAGUAGUUGGUUUAUUUUUUGAAGAAGAGCAAGUCUUUCCAGCUGGAAGAUAUGGCAUUCCUAGAAACAAGUUUUCUAAUAAGUUUUUUUCGAAUUUGAAAUUAUUAGGAAUGAAAUCAGACCUUUCUUCAAAUGAC